AUGGUUUCCACUUGCACGUACCAGUUCGACACUCCCGUUUACAAGGGCGCCGUUACCUUUCCUACUCAACUGUUCAUCGAUGGCGAGUUCGUCGACCCCGUCAAUAAGGGGACGAUCGAGUUGAUUAAUCCGGCUACUGGCAAGCCUUUUACACGAGUUUCAGUCGGAGACCGUGAAGACAUCGAGAUUGCAGCUCAAGCAGCAAGGAAAGCAUUCAAGGAACACUGGGGUUUGAAGGUGUCUGGGGCAGCUAGAAGCAAAAUGCUUCAUAAGCUCGCUGAUCUUGUCGAUGCCAACACUGACAAUUUUGCUGCUCUCGAGGCCCUUAACGUCGGCAAGACUUUCUUAUCGGCCAAGACGCAGGAUAUACCAACUAUAGGCGCUCUUCUACGGUACUACGCUGGUUGGGCUGACAAAAUACAGGGAAAGAGCGUUCAGACAACCCCUGACAAGAUCGGUUUUACUCGUCACGAGCCUAUUGGAGUUGUCGGCGCAAUCGCUCCAUGGAACUUUCCUCUGAGCACACUGAUUAUGAAACUCGCCCCCGCACUCGCUUGUGGAAAUGCCGUUGUUGCGAAGCCCUCUGAGUUCACGCCUCUCUCCGCAUUGUUUUUGUGCACAUUGAUCCGAGAAGCUGGUUUCCCACCUGGUGUAGUCAACAUCGUGCCCGGAUAUGGUGACACCGCGGGUCAAGCGAUCGGUGAAAGCAUGAUCAUCGACAAGGUUGCAUUUACUGGUAGUACUCUCACGGGUCGGAAGAUCAUGGAAGCAGCCGCAAAAAGCAACCUGAAGAAAAUUAGCCUCGAGCUUGGUGGAAAGAGUCCGAGCAUAAUUUUUGACGACGCCGAUGUUGAUCAGGCUGUCAAGUGGGCUAUUAAUGGCAUUUACACGAACCAAGGGGAGGUCUGUAUCGCGGGUUCCCGGAUUUACGUGCAAGCAGGCAUCUAUGACGAUUUUCUGCAAAAGUUCACAGAGGGUGCCAAACGUCUUUCUUUGGGUGAUCCAUUUUCCCCAGGGACGUUCCAGGGCCCUCAGAUAUCUGAGAGACAGUUCGAACGCGUUAUGGGCUACGUCAAAUCCGGCCAGGCAGAAGGUGCAACUCUUCACCUUGGUGGUAAGCGGCACGGCACAGAAGGUUAUUUCAUACAACCUACGGUGUUCACGGACUGCACACCCAACAUGAAGAUCGUGCAAGAGGAGAUAUUCGGUCCAGUAGCAGCAAUUAUGAAAUUCUCCGCAGAGGAAGGUUCGCUUAUAUUUCAUGUUCGGUCAAUAACUGUCAUUCACGGCGUCAAAGAGGUGAUUGAACAAGCCAACAAUACCCCGUAUGGACUCGCGUGUUCGGUCUUCACGAAGGACAUCGAUAGAGCAAUGCGUGUUGCAAGCAGCAUCGAGGCAGGCACCGCGUGGGUAAACUUCAGUAAUUGGCCAGACCUUGGAUUGCCAUUUGGUGGGUUCAAGCAAUCUGGUAUUGGGAAAGACCUGGGUGAAGAUGCUCUUGAGAAUUACACUAAUGUCAAGGCGGUGCUCAUUAACAUUGGGAUUAGGAUCUAA